AUGGCAAUUGGGUCAAAGAUUUCGCUUCAGCGACUCUCGUAUGUCAUCUACGAGCACCCUGAUGUUGUAAAGUUCUUGACUUUUGCGGAAGACUUUGGGUUCGAACUUGCAGCAAAGUCAGAGAACGGAGAAGUCUUCUUCCGUGGUUACGGGCCUGAUCCUUUUCUCUAUGUGGCCCGUCCCGCUUCUGGUGGCGCUCCAAAGUUUCACGGGGCUGGGUUUGUCGCGCGUUCAGCGAUCGAUUUUCAAAAAGCCUGCAACUUCCCCGGUGCGCAAUUGGUAGACGUCUCUCACCGCCCCGGCGGUGGCAAGAUGGUCCGCAUAACAGAUCCUAAUGGAUACGUUGUCGAGGUUGUGCAUGGCCAAGAAGAGCGGUUUGUUCCACAAGAAGGCAUCUCUGUUGUGGCUGGUGGAAGGCCACAGGUAAACGGGGCAGUCCAGAAGACGCGCAAAGGUGUUUUCAACCGCAUGACCAGCGGUCCCUCCAAGGUUCACAAACUCGGCCAUUUCGGGUACACGACAGACAAUUACGCAAAAACAUGCUCAUGGUACAGCAGCAACUUCAAUUUCAAAGCUUCUGACAUUGUCCACAAGCAAGGUGACCCUUCAACAGAGUUUAUGUCCUUCUUUCACGUGGACCUAGGUGCAGAGUAUACAGACCACCAUUGUCUUCUAGUAGCAGCCCAUCACGGUAGCGGCAGCGGCACGAGUAUUCACCACUCAUCUUUCGAGGUGGAAGACCUGGAUACCGAGAUGAUGGGUCAUUCGUGGCUGGCGUCCAAAGGGUAUAAACCGAUGUGGGGAAUUGGCAGGCACGUCAUGGGGUCACAGCUCUUUGACUAUUGGUAUGAUACUACGGGCUUCAUAAUUGAACACUACUCAGAUGGCGACGUGGUCAAUGAGGAAUGCCCUACCAUUCGAUCUGCCGGAACUCCUGCCGCGAUUUGGGGUCCGCCACUACCUACCAAAUGGGAUUAA